UUGCACCACGGCGCCGGAUAUGCUUAAUACGGCCCUGCCUCUGAGGCUCCCUUUGCUUCUUCCUCUCUCCCAGGACCCUGCAGCUUGUUUUGGCUCCUUGACUCCUCAGGAAGGACAAAAGAGACGGAUCCUGCAAACCUGGCGAGGAUGGAAGGGGGAAGGUGGACGGUUGACCUGGUGAGGUUGUCUCCUGCUUCCCUCCCCACAACCUCUGAGCGUUCCCUCCCAGGGACCUCCGAGAGAUCGGAUGGUGAUGAAUUGGAAGGGAAGAACAAGGGGGACCACAACAGAAUCCACAUAGAGGAGAAGCCAAAUAAAUAUUCAGAGUGUGGAGAGAACAUCCGUCAGAACUCCCAGUCCUCUUCUCAUCAGAGAAAGAGGUUCCUUCAGAGGAAUAGUCUCACUUCACACGAAAGAACACAGAGGAGGGAGAAAUUGUAUCAGUGCAGAGAAUGUGGAAAGAGCUUCAGUUUCAAGAAGAAUCUCACUUCCCAUCAAAGAAUUCAUACAGGGGAGAAACCCUAUCAGUGCUUGGAAUGUGGAAAGAGCUUCAGUCACUCUAGCCAUCUCACUUCCCAUCACAGAAUUCAUACAGGGGAGAAACCCUAUCAGUGCUUGGAGUGUGGAAAGAGCUUUCGUCUGAGCGCCUAUCUCACUUCCCAUCACAGAAUUCAUACAGGGGAGAAACCCUAUCAGUGCUUGGAAUGUGGAAAGAGCUUCAGUAAAGCCUCAAAGCUCAAGACCCAUCAAAGAAUUCAUACAGGGGAGAAACCCUAUCAGUGCUUGGAAUGUGGAAAGAGCUUCAGUAACAGUGGUGAUCUCACUUCCCAUCACAGAAUUCAUACAGGGGAGAAACCCUAUCAGUGCUUGGAAUGUGGAAAGAGCUUCAGUCAGAGGGGACAGCUCACUUCCCAUCAAAGAAUUCAUACAGGGGAGAAACCCUAUCAGUGCUUGGAAUGUGGAAAGAGCUUCAGUCACUCUAGCCAUCUCACUUCCCAUCACAGAAUUCAUACAGGGGAGAAACCCUAUCAGUGCUUGGAAUGUGGAAAGAGCUUCAGUUGCAGCACAUCUCUCACUUCCCAUCACAGAAUUCAUACAGGGGAGAAACCCUAUCAGUGCUUGGAAUGUGGAAAGAGCUUCAGUCACUCUAGCCAUCUCACUUCCCAUCACAGAAUUCAUACAGGGGAGAAACCCUAUCAGUGCUUGGAAUGUGGAAAGAGCUUCAGUUGCAGCACAUCUCUCACUUCCCAUCACAGAAUUCAUACAGGAGAGAAACCCUAUCAGUGCUUGGAAUGUGGAAAGAGCUUCAGUCACUCUAGCCAUCUCACUUCCCAUCACAGAAUUCAUACAGGGGAUAAACCCUAUCAGUGCUUGGAAUGUGGAAAGAGCUUCAGUUGCAGCACAUCUCUCACUUCCCAUCACAGAAUUCAUACAGGGGAGAAACCCUAUCAGUGCUUGGAAUGUGGAAAGAGCUUCAGUUGCAGCACAUCUCUCACUUCCCAUCACAGAAUUCAUACAGGGGAGAAACCCUAUCAGUGCUUGGAAUGUGGAAAGAGCUUCAGUCAGUCUAGCCAACUCACUUCCCAUCACAGAAUUCAUACAGGGGAGAAACCCUAUCAGUGCUUGGAAUGUGGAAAGAGCUUCAGUUGCAGCACAUCUCUCACUUCCCAUCACAGAAUUCAUACAGGGGAGAAACCCUAUCAGUGCUUGGAAUGUGGAAAGAGCUUCAGUUGCAGCACAUCUCUCACUUCCCAUCACAGAAUUCAUACAGGGGAGAAACCCUAUCAGUGCUUGGAAUGUGGAAAGAGCUUCAGUCACUCUAGCCAUCUCACUUCCCAUCACAGAAUUCAUACAGGGGAGAAACCCUAUCAGUGCUUGGAAUGUGGAAAGAGCUUCAGUUGCAGCACAUCUCUCACUUCCCAUCACAGAAUUCAUACAGGGGAGAAACCCUAUCAGUGCUUGGAAUGUGGAAAGAGCUUCAGUAAAGCCUCAAAUCUCAAGACCCAUCAAAGAAUUCAUACAGGGGAGAAACCCUAUCAGUGCUUGGAAUGUGGAAAGAGCUUCAGUAACAAUGGUGAUCUCACUUCCCAUCACAGAAUUCAUACAGGGGAGAAACCCUAUCAGUGCUUGGAAUGUGGAAAGAGCUUCAGUUGCAGCACAUCUCUCACUUCCCAUCACAGAAUUCAUACAGGGGAGAAACCCUAUCAGUGCUUGGAAUGUGGAAAGAGCUUCAGUCAGUCUAGCCAUCUCACUUCCCAUCACAGAAUUCAUACAGGGGAGAAACCCUAUCAGUGCUUGGAAUGUGGAAAGAGCUUCAGUAACAGUGGUGAUCUCACUUCCCAUCACAGAAUUCAUACAGGGGAGAAACCCUAUCAGUGCUUCGAAUGUGGAAAGAGCUUUCGUCUGAGCGCUGAUCUCACUUCCCAUCACAGAAUUCAUACAGGGGAGAAACCCUAUCAGUGCUUGGAAUGUGGAAAGAGCUUUCGUCUGAGCGCAUCUCUCACUUCCCAUCACAGAAUUCAUACAGGGGAGAAACCCUAUCAGUGCUUGGAAUGUGGAAAGAGCUUCAUUAAAGCCUCAAAGCUCAAGACCCAUCAAAGAAUUCAUACAGGGGAAAAACCCUAUCAGUGCUUGGAAUGUGGAAAGAGCUUCAGUAACAGUGGUGAUCUCACUUCCCAUCACAGAAUUCAUACAGGGGAGAAACCCUAUCAGUGCUUCGAAUGUGGAAAGAGCUUUCGUCUGAGCGCUGAUCUCACUUCCCAUCACAGAAUUCAUACAGGGGAGAAACCCUAUCAGUGCUUCGAAUGUGGAAAGAGCUUUCGUCUGAGCGCUGAUCUCACUUCCCAUCACAGAAUUCAUACAGGGGAGAAACCUUAUCAGUGCUUGGAAUGUGGGAAGAGCUUCAUUAAAGCCUCAAAUCUCAAGACCCAUCAAAGAAUUCAUACAGGGGAGAAACCCUAUCAGUGCUUGGAAUGUGGGAAGAGCUUUAGUCACAGCCACCAUCUGACUUCCCAUCAAAGAAUUCAUGCAGGGGAGAAACCCUAUCAGUGCUUGGAAUGUGGAAAGAGCUUCAGUCAGAGGGAACAGCUCACUUCCCAUCAAAGAAUUCAUACAGGGGAGAAACCCUAUCAGUGCUUGGAAUGUGGAAAGAGCUUUAGUCGCAGCCACCAUCUGACUUCCCAUCAAAGCAUUCAUCACAAAACCCAUUGAGCAUCUCCACCCUCAUCGUUCUGCCCGGACACUGAGGUCCAGUACCGAGGGCCUUCUGGCGGUUCCCUCGUUGCGAGAAGCCAGGUUGCAGGGAACCAGGCAGAGGGCCUUCUGGGUGGUGGCGCCUGUUGUCUCUGUUACUAUAUAAGUCCCAGUUUUCCCCAUUCCUUGUGUUCUGGCUCUUACCUGUUCUUUGAAGUAAAGAGAUGU